CAGGUGAAACAUGAAGAGCUGAAGGACAUAGACAAUGUUUCUACAGUGAUGCAAUUUGUGCUGGUAGGAUUUUCUGACCUUCCCAACCUCCAAGGAUUUCUAUUUGCAGUUUUCUUUAUUGUUUACAUAAUUAUCCUGAUUGGAAAUUUCCUCAUAAUAGUAGUAACCAGUAUGGAUCCUGCAUUAAGGAAACCCAUGUAUUUUUUUCUGGCACAUUUUUCCUCUCUGGAAAUCUGUUAUGUGUCAGUUACUAUCCCCAGGAUUCUGUUCAACAUUGAGAUGCAGAACAGAUGCAUUUCAGUGAUGUCCUGUGCCACCCAGCUGUGCUUCUUCCUUAUUUUUGGAACUACUGAAUGUUUUCUUCUGGCUGUAAUGUCCUAUGACCGCUAUGUUGCCAUUUGCAAUCCUCUGCACUACAUUCUGAUCAUGAACCCAACAAAGUGCACUCAUCUGGCAGUGUUUUCCUGGCUCGGUGGCAUCCCAGUACAAAUAGGACAAACAUGUCAGAUAUUCUCUCUGCAUUUCUGCAAUUCUAACCAAAUAGACCAUUUCUUCUGUGACAUUCCACCCAUUCUCAAGCUGGCAUGUGGGGACACUUCAGUGAAUGAGCUGUCUGUCUAUGUGGUUGUUACAGUGGUGGCUGCAUUCCCCUUUAUACUGGUGCUUACAUCCUAUAGUAAAAUCAUUGCCACUAUCCUGAGUCUGCCAACAGCCAAAGGGAGAGCAAAAGCCUUCUCCACAUGUUCUUCUCACUUGCUGGUGGUAAUUUUGUUUUAUGGGUCUGGUACAGUUGCCGACUUGAGGCCAAUGUCCAUACACUCUCCAGGAACUGACAAACUGCUCUCCCUGUUCUAUACGAUUGUGACUCCCAUAUUCAAUCCUCUCAUAUACAGCUUUAGGAACAAGGAGUUGAUUGCUGCUCUGAAAAGGUUAUUGUUUAAAGUGUAG